AUGUCUCCCAUCGCCAUGACCCACUUCGCCAAGGCGCAGAGCACCUUCAAGCCCCCGCUCAUCGCCAACGAGAACGCCUUCCUCGGCGACAUUGCCACCUCCGAGAAGAACGACCCCACCGCGCCCAUCUCGGCGGGCUUCUACCGUCUGGAGAAGGGCACGCCGCUGGUGUACGAGUACACGUACCACGAGAUGAAGAUCAUCGUCGACGGCUCGUUCGACAUCUCCGACGAGGCCGGCAACAAGGUGCACGCCGUCGCCGGCGACGUCUUCUACUUCCCCAAGGGCUCCAAGAUCACCUUCACCACCGACGACUUCGGCCUGGGCUUCUUCGUCGGCCAGAGGAAGGAGGGCGGUGCGUAA